CUUAUAAUAAUCUAAAGCAAUUAGCUUUGUUACUGUACAAUAUUUUUACGAGACUUUUACUAGGAUAGCAUGCUACGUCAGUCUUGGUUGACCGCACUCUUAUGCACGUUGUCGACAAUCGAUAUUUUACUGGCACAAAAAAUCGCCAACGUUCCUUAUUUGGUAUGGACAUCAGCAAACGCAAAACAAAGAUCAACAGGAGUUUAUACCUGUCCAGCUCUCCCUGAAAAUCAGCAAAAAUCAUUGGGGCGUGUACUAACCAGCAAAAUAGCUUCACUUCGAUAUCCACAUUACUUGGCUGCUUUGGCAAACAAUGAUGCAACACAAGAAGUCACAGCAGUUGAUAUCGGGAGGGGUAACAUUGUAACGUUCAGUUUACAACGAAAAAGUAUUGUACGACACCAUGGAGGAGUAUCGCGCAAAGUUGGAGGAGUUGCCGUGGACUGGUCAAGUGGAAAUAUUUACUGGACAGAUGAAGAAUUGCGUUGGAUAGUGGCGGCCAAAUUUAACCUGGUCAUAAUGACGCCUAUUGUUACAAACGUUGUUAAUCCAAGAGGAAUUGCGAUUCAUCCCAUGAAGGGGUAUCUAUUUUGGAGUCAAGCAAACCAACAAGAUGCAAAUUCAGGUGUAAUAAUGAGAUCUACGAUGUCAGGAUCGGAUCCAAAACUAAUUCACACUUCGUUCGGUCGACAAACAGCAUUAUCAAUUGAUUACGAAACAGAUAGGUUGUAUUGGGUUGAUUCUACAGACAAUGCAGUUUGGUCAAUUGACGUGGAUGGUAAAGAAUCUGCAAAUCUCGUUUAUACUGACAAGAAUUCGCAGAUCUCUGGGUUAGCUGUAUUUAGGAAAUCGGUUUACAUAGCAGACAAAGGUCAAAACCAAAUAGUUACCAUCAACAAGGAGAACGGAGGAGUAGAAAACAAAUUACCAGUUUCAUCACCUCACGACGUUGCUGUCGUAGGAGGAAACAGUCAGCCCGAAUACCCAGGUCCCUGUGAUAUAAAGAACGGUGGAUGCGAAGAACUUUGUUUUCCGCAACCACCUGGCAAUGUCAGUACAUGCGGAUGCUCAUUGGGAUUAGAUCUUGCACCUGACGGGAAGAGCUGUAUUUCAGUUCUGAUUGAAAAAGACUUUUUCGUUGCCGUCGAUGCUGAUAUGCACUGGAUCUUUCAAAUAUCGGCCGAUGGGUCACAAUAUACAAGGCUGAAACUGCCAGGUGUUCGAGUUCCAGUGCAAGUUGAGUUCGAUCCAGAAACAAAAAUGGUCUAUUGGACUGAUGUUGGAAUGAAAUCAGUGAAUUCAGCGAAAUGGGACGGAACAGAAUUUAAGGUUCUAGCGAAAGCAAACGUUCGGCAACCAACAGGUUUGUCGCUUGAUAAGAUGUCGGGUAACCUGUACUGGACGGACGAAGGUACCGGAACUAUUAACGUAAUCAGGGUAGACGGAACACAUCGGAAGACGCUGCUCUCGACUGGGAUUAGAUCGCCCCGUGCUCUGGCUAUCGAUUCAUUCCUUGGUUUGAUGUGGUGGUCUGAUUGGAUGACAAAAACAAUAGAAAUGGCAACAAUGGAUGGCAAAAACCGACAGAAAAUAGUUACGACGGAAGUGAACUGGCCGAAUGGAAUAGCAGUUGAUCACCAAGAGAAACAAUUGUAUUGGGUAGAUGCACACAGAGACAAAAUUUACGUGUCAGAUCACGAUGGCAAAAACAAAAGAGUUUUCAAGAGUUUUAGGAGUGUACAUAUGUUUGGAAUUACAGUGGAUAAAGAUUACGUCUAUUGGACUGAUUGGAAUGAUCAUUCUGUCAUGCGAGUGAAAAAAGCAUCACCACAAGACAAGGGAGAACCUUUUGGGCCGAAGAUUUUCAGCAAAUUAUGUGACAUUCAUAAUUUUAUUGAAACAAGAAGCAUUAACGAUAUGGAGAAAUUGCAUCACCCUUGCCGAGUCAACAAUGGCAACUGUACAGGACUUUGUCUUCCCGUGCCGAAGUCUCCGUCAGAUUCAACAAACGAAUCAUCAAAUGUUAAAGUAACCAGAGUAUGUGUUUGUGGAACUCAGCAUAAUGGAACAUGUGACGAACCACAAAAGGGUGUUGCUGACACCCAACCACCAACAUUUGGAAAAACAUGCCCCGAGAACAUGAUUUUCACCGCAGCACCAUGUCAGACGAAAGUACUCGUGAACUAUACGGUACCUGUUGCUAGUGAUAAUUCGGGUCGAGUUGCAUUAUCAAAAUCCCCAAAAAAUCUACCUCCAAUAAAGUUGGAUGAAGGAAGAUAUGAACAUAUCUAUAUUGCUACUGAUGCAGCAGGAAACACGGACAAAUGCCAUUUCUCCAUCACUAUCAAAGUUGUGAGAUGUCCAUCGGCACAAAGUUAUGCAAAAUCGUUCGAUGACGUCAAAAUUGAUUCCAUGACAUGUGACAAUUUACUUGGAUCACGUGUUAAUGUCACGUGCACUAAUGGAAAGAAGGUGAUGUUAACUAAUCAUUUUACGUGUGUUGUAAACGGUAAAUGGAAAGGAGAACCAGCGUGUUUGGAUCCAAACAAAGAUGAAGGGGUAGAUGAAGAAGACAAGACUGGUAUCAAUGAAACUACAGCAAACGUGAAUGGUAGCAGUACCAAACCAAACAAACCGAACACUACAACAGCAACACCAACAACAAGCAUACCCGUAACCAAGCCAAAGGUAUCUACUGUAAACCCAACGACGAAAACCAAAGUAAAGCAUACAACGCAGAAAGAUGAAGAAAUGAACGAACCAGUAAAACAGCGAAGCGCCAAGAUGGAGUUGGCUUAUCUACUGAUUCCAGUUGUCGUGGUUCUUAUUAUUGUGCUUAUGGCUGCUAUCGGAUACAGAUAUUGCAAAAACCCCAGUAUGCCACUAAUUGAAUCGAUGGAGAAACGACUGACCUUUUUCAACUUGAAGAAGGGCGACAGCGAUACUGUUGCUUUCGGCGGAGACAACAUCCAACAACGACAGCGCACACAGUCAAUGAACAAUGUAGUGGACUACGCUUCAACAAGCCGUGUUCCUACUGUAUCGGAUGAUUCAAGGCGCCAAAGUUUACCAGAAACUCAAGCUAUUUAUGCUGAACCGGCUGAUGAUCAGCCAAUAGACAUCAGUUCCAGGCCACCCCUUCCUCACCGGGGUGGGUAUGGGACAUUGAACUGAUAAACCACGAGUGAGUGGGCCAAUCUGUAAACAAUUUGAUAGACUAUGCAUAAGUGCCAACGUUAAGGUUUUAAAUGGGUCCGCAAUGCUUAUUGAAAGAUUACGGCACUAGUUUUCUGACAAUACCCGACUCGUAUCUUAAACAAAACUUGGUAAGAAUUCUUUUUCGAAUUCAAUGUAGCCUAUUGAGAUAUUUCCAAAAGACGCUGUGAGUUGUUUGUUGAUUAUUAACAACAGAAUGUUACCAAAUGUCCUCUGGUACAAAUUCUUGCUGGGGACAUCUUCGAAUCUGCCGAGGCUGUUUUCGUUAACGAUUAUUAAGAUUCUCAUCUUGCUUACGCUUAAAUUCACAUAACUGCCUAAAAGUCUUCAUUUGAUAGACUUGAAUUGUAUAUAUAUAUUUUUUUUCAUUAUCUGUGUCUUAAUUUAUUAUGCGCGUUAACUGUAGUAAAACGGGUGCAAUUUCUAAAGACAAUAUCUUCGGUUCAAUCUAAAUUAUAUCUUGCGUGGAGAUUUGUUGGGAGCGAUAGUGUGAAACGCCUCUCACAUUAAUUUUAUUAUUUUACCUACAAAUAAGCUUUCACUGUAGAAUGUUGAAUGAAUCAUCAUGCAAAAAUGUUGGGGUGCCAAAACAAACCAAUGUUUGGCUUUGGUACCAGGAUGAAAUGUAAUCUGAAAUUUCAUAAUGAAAAUGAUAUAUUCAGGUUUUAGACAUUUUUCAGGUUUUAAAAAUAACCUUUACAUGUCAUCGGAGAACAUUUCACGAAAUUUCCGUUACUUUUUUACUAUUGUGCAACAUUUUCGUUUUAUUCAUUCAAUAAACUUUGUAGUAAAAUGGUGAAUUGGAAACUACAAUAGUA